AUGGCCGCCUCCCGCCGAGGCCAACCGGAGCUUCACGUCCGGCUCCCUCCCCGAUCCCCGGGGUCGGGUACGGGCCUGACGACGGGCACCUCGCUAGCCGCGCCGCAGUCCGACCUGCCGCCGAUAUCUGCGCUGUUCCUCAUCGAGUUCGACGUCAAAGCCGGCUACACCCUGUCCUGGAAGGCCGCACUGCCCGACAUCGAGCUCGAGGGCGUUGUCGAGUACAAGUCCCUGCCGUCGGGGCUGCACACGGUGAAGGACGACCUCAUAUACUUCGUGCACGAGGGCUUCGCGGGGCUGAGCGCUUUCGUCAAUGCGCCGGUCCAGGACAGCGAGGUGCGGAAUGCGCGCAUGAUCGCGGUUGGCGUGCUCGUGCCCCUCAGCUACGGACGACUCGGCCGCGCGUGGAGACAUGCCGAGGGACUGAAGGAGAUCGCCUCCAAGGUUGCAGUGGACGGCAAAGAUACGAGCCUUCUCGAACAGUACUGGGCUAAGAACCAGGCGCACGAGGAGGCCACACAGCAGGAUGCCAUGGCGUCCAAAGAGUCGCUCGAGUCUUCGACCGUCACCUUCCAGGAGCAGCCAAAGCCACCACGGAAGCAGGGGCAUACUAGGAACCGAUCUGGCUCUGAUGGGGGAGGAUUGCUAGCUCCGGGACACAAGCUCUCGUCUUUUCACCCGGCAUGGAGCCUGCUAGCAUUGUUAGACACCUUUGGGCCCCUCAUAUUCCCUAUCCAACGAGCCGCGUUGUUACGAAAGCGUAUACUUAUAUCCUGUCACGUACCUGUCCAACAGGUCUGUGACUUUGUUUAUGAUAUCUCAAUUCUGUCCAAUAUACCGCUGCCGACCUUUGAAAAUCUCCCUGCCGAGGGACCACCACACCGGUUGCGACCAUUAUUUACCAUCGGAGUGCAUGACAUCCCUUCUCUCAUGGAAGAUGCCAAGUCCAAGCGGCCAGGGCCAUCACCAGAGCAAGAUUCCACAGCGAGCUCUGGUUGGAUAGCAUGCACUACCGAUAGCAUCUUGGCAAUGAAGGACACGCUCUGGGACGUGCUGAUCACUAUGCCGCCACCGCACGCCUCGGCUGCUAAAGAACACGUCUGGCCUACGGUGGAAUAUCCCGGGGGGACGGCUAUCAAAGCCACACAGCGUGACCUGCGGCGGUACAAAGCUCUCCGAGCCGGCCUGUUCCGAAUGCAGGGCCACAGCAACAUUGCGGCCGAGAGCCCCGAGUCUCCACCAACGACGCCGCGCGUGCUCAGCAGCCCACAGAAGCAGACACAGGACGACCCGCUGCUGGACGAGGCCGAGAAGAUCGUGGAGCCCCUCUCGUGGACGGCGUUGGCCUACAGCGGCUUCAUGUGGUGGGCGUCGGCCGGCGAGCAGGCGCGGUCCGACGAGGCUGAAGAGGCCUCGCACGAUGCGUCGCUGCUCGCGGACGCGGCGUACCCGAACAUGACUAUGCCGAUGCCUCGUUCAGGUGAUCUGUCGGCAUCUCUUGGCUCCCUUGGCGGGCGUAGGACGUCAUCGGCAGGCGGCCAGAACGCGCUGCUCCCGCCUGACGAGGCCAGGGCCGAGUUGGCCAUCAUCACCUACUUCCACCGCCUUACCUCGCAACUCCUCACCAGGGUAUCGGACAUUGUGGAGAGCAACGGCGAUUCAGAUGACGCGGGGAGCAAUGCGGACGACGACCCCUUGCUGGGAGGGGGCGAGGAGGAGGACGAGGACGAGGGCGAAUACGAUGCACGUGGUGUCCGGAUCACGAGGGAGGAUCUCAGGCUGAUGGGUCUGGAUCGGUGGAGCCCGAGCGAUGCGGAGUUCGUGAAGGAGGUGGUAGACGCGUACUUUGGCCGGGCGGCGUACAUCGAGGGCCAGGCGGUCGAGGUCUGCGGAGUCCGAGUCUGCUAG